UAAUUCCCACUUCUCACUCUCCAGAGCUUUCGAUCAGAGAACCCAAUCUUGAUUGCUUCCCUCUCUUUUUCACAAUGGACUUCUUAUUCUUCCUCCUCCUCAGCUGCCUCAUCUUGACCCUCACCUUCCUCCGACUCCUGACAAGGAAAACUCCGUCGGCCAAACUCCCGCCGGGCCCCUCCCGACUCCCGAUAAUCGGCAACCUUCACAUGCUGGGUGACAAGCCUCACCAAUCACUGGCCCAGCUCGCCAAGAUCCACGGGCCCUUGAUGAGCCUCCAGCUGGGCCGAGUCACCACCAUCGUAGCCUCUUCCCCGGACACCGCCAGGGAGAUUCUCCAAAAGCACGACAAGGUCCUCUCCGACCGCCACGUCCCUGCCGCCGCCCAAGUCCUCGACAUCCACAAAUUCGCCAUGCCUGCGCUUCCCGUGAGCCCCAGAUGGAGGAACCUCAGGAAAGUGUGCAACUCGUACAUCUUCACCACCCAGAAGCUGGACAUGAACCAGGACCACAGAAGGGUGAAGGUUAUGGACCUCCUAGAAAGUGUCAGGCGUCAUGCCGCCGAAAGGCCCGGAGAGGCACUAGACGUUGGGAAGGCGGCUUUCAAGGUUAGUUUGAAUGCUCUAUCGUCAACCAUUCUUUCGAUGGAUCUGGCGGACGAGGAGGAGGACAAGUCAUUGGACAUCGCCAGGGAGUUCAAGGAGCUCGUGAGGGAGCUGCUGGGAGAGCUUGGGAAGCCCAAUUUGGGAGACUAUUUCCCCGUUGUGGCGAGGCUGGACCUGCAAGGGAUACAGAGGCGUUCCGAGGGUCAUUUAACGAAGAUGUUGAAUUGGUUUGGAUGGGUGAUCGAGGAAAGGCGGCGCAAUUUGAAGUCGGAGAGCUACGUCUCGACCAACGACAUGCUCGACACGCUUCUGGCCAUGGGAGAUACUGAUCAUGACGACAAUCACGAGGAGGCUGCAGCUACGAUGGAUCCACUAUGCAUCAAAUACUUGUUCUUGGAUCUCUUCGUAGCGGGUACUGAUACAACUACAAGCACACUAGAAUGGGCAAUGACGGAGCUCCUCCGCAACCCCAAUACACUUGCUAAAGCUAAAAAAGAACUUGACCAAAUCAUUGAAAAAGACAAUGAUCUUAAAGAAUCGGAUGUCCUUCGGUUACCAUAUCUACAAGCAAUAGUGAAAGAAACGUUCAGGCUACACCCACCAACUCCUCUACUAUUUCCUCGCAAGGCAAGGACAGAUGUGGAAAUUCACGGUUUUACUAUCCCCAAAGGUGCUCGAAUUCUAGUCAAUGUAUGGGCUAUAGGUCGGGACUCGACAAUAUGGGACGAUCCAAUCUCAUUCGUGCCUGAAAGAUUCUUGGGUUCAAAGGUUGAUGUUAAGGGCAACAGUUUUGAGUUGCUUCCAUUUGGUGCUGGAAGAAGAAUAUGUCCUGCACAAUCUUUGGCAUCGAGAAUGUUGCAUAUGAUGUUGGGCUCGUUGGUUCAUGCAUUUGACUGGAAGUUGCCAAAUGGGUUAAAUCCAAAGAUGUUGGACAUGGAAGAAAAGUGUGGAUUGACUUUACAAAAGGCCAAACCCUUAUUUGCGGUUCCGAUCCUCGAGUGAUGACAUAUAGUCAUGUCAUACGAAGAGGACUCACAAUCUGGACUUGGACUACUGUUACUGUGGUCAGCUAUUUCCCAUUUCACAUGCAACUACUAGUGGCGUUUUCUUUCCGAAGUACUUUGAAAUUUGCAUUUUUAUUUAAAAAGCAUUAUAACGACAAGUUUAAUUAAUGAUACAAGGAAUGGACCUAGUGAAUACUAUACUGCGUAACCGGUAAUAAAAGUAACAAUAAGAUGGCAUCUUAUUCGUCAUUAGGGGUGGGCACAUGUAAAUGGGUGUACUCAUAUUCCUCCCAUUUUUUGAAGGUUACGGGUACUCAAAUACCCGUAAAUAUUUUUACGGGAUGGGACUUGGCAUCAAAUAUUUCUACAAUGGAUACCUACGGACUACCCGUUAAUACACGUUUGGAUAUUAC